AUGGCCAACGAGGCCUUCGUGUCCAAGCUGGGCGACGCCUUCCACCCCAAGUUCGACGAGAUCGACACGGACGGGAACGGCGAGCUGUCCAAGGACGAGAUCCUGGCCGACCUGAACGGCAAGGAGACGGCGGACGUCAAGCGCGUCAUGAAGUCCGACCUGCCCGACGACAUCAAGAGCAACCUCGUGGCGCUGCUGGAGGGCAAGCUCCAGAGCGACAGCGACUGCGCCAAGCAGGCGCUGGACUCGCGCCCGACGGCCGUGCGCCGCGAGGACCACGAGAUCUUCUACUACAUGCUGGACGUCUUCUGCCCGCGGGUCACCAUUGCCGUCACGCCUCCCGACCAGGAGGACGAGAGCGAGGAGAAAGCGCCCGCUGACAGCCAGCAGACGGUCGAGAUCCCGACGCCCGACGGA